CCUUGAUGAGACACUGACAUCAGGAUUUCAGGAAACAUACUAAAAGUGGUGGGCAUUUCCUGAAAGCUGCUGAAAUGACUAAGUCGCAGGGCAUGUUGUCAUUCAGUGAUGUGGCUGUAUAUUUCACCUGGGAAGAGUGGCAGCUACUAGACACUGCUCAGAGGAAUCUCUACCGGGAUGUGAUGUUGGAAAAUCAUAGCAACCUAAUGUCAUUGGGUUAUCAGGCUACCAAGCCUGAAGCAGUGGCCUGCUUGGGAAAAGAAGAACAAAGAAUUGUAGAGAGGGAAUUUCCCAGUCAUUUUAGUCCAGAAGUAAUGUGGCAAGUUUGUGAUUGGUAUCAGGAAGACAUUGAGGACGAACCUGUGGAGAGAGAUCAUGAAAAUAAUGCAUUGGGAAAAAUAUUUUCUCACAGCAAAAAUUUCAUUCCAUUUAGAGAAAAAUCCAAUAAAUGUAUCUCAAAAGGAAUAACUUUGAAACAAGAUUCAAAUUUUCACAGUAAAAACUGUGCAGAAAUGAACUCUAAUGAGUUAAAUGGUUCUGGGAAAUCGGUUUUCUAUACUCUAUAUGAAACCUCUAACAUACAUGCCCAGUACUAUGAACCGAAUUUACAUGUGAAGGUUUUCAGCCUUGGGACAAAUCCUAAAAGACAUCACAGAAUUUACACAGAGGGGAAACGUUAUGAAUGCAGUGAAUGUCUCAAAUCUUUCAGGUAUAAGUCAAAGCUCAUAAUACACCAGAGAACUCAUACAGGAGAGAAACCCUAUGAAUGCACAGAAUGUGGGAAAGCUUAUAGGGAGAAGACGAAACUCAGAUUACAUUGCAAAACUCACACAGGAGAGAAACCUUUUGAGUGUAGUGAUUGUGGGAAAGGUUUUAUGCAGAAGUCAAACCUGAUUAUGCAUCAACGAAUUCAUACAGGAGAGAAACCCUAUGGGUGUAGAGAAUGUGGAAAGGCCUUCUGUGGUAAGUCUCAGCUUGUUGUUCACCAACGAAUUCAUACAGAAGAAAAGUACUAUGAAUGCAGGGAAUGUGGGAUAGCCUUCAAUAAAAACUCACACCUCAUAACACAUCAGAGAAUUCACACAGGAGGGAAACCUUAUAAAUGCUGUGAAUGUGGAAAAGCUUUUGUAUAUGCAUCACAGCUUAUUGUCCAUCAGAGAACUCAUACAGGAAGAAAACCUUAUGAAUGCAAAGAAUGUGGGAAAUCCUUUAACAAAAAGUCACACCUCAUAAGACAUCAGAGAAUCCAUACGGGGGAGAAGCCAUAUGAAUGCAGUGAAUGUGGAAAAGCUUUUAUAGACAACUCACAUCUUGUUGUUCAUCGAAGAACUCAUACAGGAGAGAAGCCUUAUGAAUGUAGGGAAUGCAGGAAAGCCUUUAAUAAAAAGUCAUCCCUCAUAACACAUCAGAGAAUUCAUACAGGGGAGAAGCCUUAUGAAUGCAAUGAAUGUAGAAAAGCUUUUAUAGACAAGUCACAUCUCAUUGUCCAUCAGAGAACUCAUACAGGUGAAAAACCCUAUGAAUGCAGUGAAUGUGAAAAAGCUUUUAUAGACAACUCACAGCUUAUUGUUCAUCAAAGAACUCAUACAGGAGAGAAGCCUUUUGAAUGCAGGGAAUGUGGGAAAGCCUUUAGUUAUAAGUCAUCCCUCAUGGCACAUCAGAGAAUUCAUACAGGAGAGAGGCCUUAUGAAUGCAGUGAAUGUAGGAAAGCUUUUAUAUACAAGUCACAUCUCAUUGUCCAUCAGAGAACUCAUACAGGAGAGAAACCCUAUGAAUGUAGUGAAUGUGGAAAAGCUUUUGUACGAAAGGCAGUGCUCAUUGUGCAUCAAAGAACACAUACAAGGGAGAAACCCUUUGUCUGUCUUGAAUGCCAAAAAGCGUUUGGCAGUAUGGCAAUGCUCAGUACACAUCAGUUGAUUCACACAGGAGAGAAACCCCAUGGAUGCAACAAAUGUGGAAAAACUUUCCGCCAAAAAAGCCAUCUUAUUAUCCAUCAACGAUGCCAUACUGGAGAGAAGCUCUGUGGAUGCAUUCCUUGUGGUCAAAUCUUCAGCUAGAAGUCCCAGCUCAUUAGGUGUCAGAGAUGCACACAAGAGAGAAAUCAUGCCAAUGUGAGAAAAACCUCCUUUUGAGAAAUCGUACCUUUGUCCUGCAGAGAAGUCAUGCAGGACAUAAACUUGGUCAAUGUAAUGAAUGUGGGAAAACUUUACCUGCCAGGUCCUUUCUCACUUUGCAUGAAGAAAUUUAUACAGAAAUAAAAGAAACCCAUUAAGUGCUGGAAAGACUUCAGUGAGAUGUCAGAUCUCUUUGAAAGAAGAGAAUUUACACAAAAGACAUCCUUUGAAUGUGGUGAAACUGCUGGUAUUUUUCUAUUAUUUUGACCUUUCUAAGUUUCAGAAAACUUAUCCAGGAGUGAAAUCUUUUAAAGUGAGUGAUUAUAUGAAAAUUAUUUGCCACUAACAUAGCUUCAUCUUUCAUUAGAGAAAGUUCAUAUGAAUGAGUUGAAAAGUCAAAAUCAUUUUUUAACAAGAGGAAUCCCAUUAUAGUAGACCACAGAUGUGAAAUCUUUUGAGUACACAUUUUUGAUAGGUCAUAAAAUUUUCAGUUUUCACAUUCAUGUGAAAAAUCUCAUGAAUUGAGAAUCCUGGAAUAUGUUGCGAAUAAAUGAGCUUUCAUACCAAAGAAUGCAGAUAAUAGAAUACUUGUGAUAAGAGAUGUCUCUGGCAUUAAUUCCAAACUUCUGUGCAUCAGACAAUGUUAAGGAGAAUUAGUAUACUGUAAUGAUCAUGGAAAUGGUUGUUUACAUAAAUAACUUCAUAAUAGAAAUUCAAAUCUUGUCACAUUAUUAUGUAUUUAUAGAAAAUGCACCACAAAGUAGUCAGCUGUGAAGGGCAGAUAACUUUAGCAUGCCAAAUAAGUUUCAUGUUUGGAUAUAUUUUGCAGUCAAAGUAGUAAAUUAAGAAAGGUUGUGGAUAUACGCAUUUUGCUUUGUGUCUGGGUAUUUUUGUAGAACAUGUAUGUAUUAGAUUUAACAAGGUAAAGUUCUGUACCACCAAAAAAAAUAACAUUGUAAAUUUUUGUAUGUUGUAAAUUGCAAGGGAAGUAAUUAGGUUUAAGAUCGAAUGAGACUGUAACAUAACACCAUACACAUAUAAAUUUACUGUUGUUUACUGGUAUGUGUAAAUGGGACUGGUAUUUCUUUUCAGCCCUUUGGAAUAAUAAAGUUUUAAAAACAAA